AUGGAGCCCGCCAAAUCGAAGAACGAGGCUAUCAUCGCUCGUGCUAAAUCUCUGGCCAAUGUACCAUGGUGUGAGGAGUACGAAAAGAUGAUUUCCGGCAUGCUCUACAAUGCUUUCGUUCCGAAACUCUUGACCGGUCGCUUUCGUGCUCGCAAGCUAGCAUCACAAUACAAUGCACCCAUCCCAAUUGAGACUACAGAAGAAGAACUAAUGGCACAGCGCGCUGAUCUCCUCAAGCAGUUCUUUGGCUCCCUCGGCAAGAACAGCUUCAUCGAGCCACCUCUCAAUGUCGACUAUGGUUGCAACAUCCUCAUAGGCGAGGACUUCUACUCGAAUUUUGGCUUGACAGUCCUCGAUUGCUGCUUGGUGGAAAUCGGCGACAGAGUCAUGUUCGGACCUAAUGUCAGCAUCUUGAGUGCAACGCAUCAAACCGAUGUUCAGUCGCGCCGCGAUGGUAUUGAGUUCGCACUGCCGGUGUUCAUCGGAGAUGACUGCUGGAUCGGUGGGAAUGUCAGUAUCCUGCCUGGUGUGACCAUUGGCAAUGGUUGCACUAUUGGAGCAGGCUCAGUUGUUACGAAGAGCAUUCCGGCAUUCUCGGUGGCCGUUGGAUCACCUGCAAGAGUUAUCAAGAAGGUAGCGGAAGCAGAGCCAGUAUCUAAGAAGUGA